AUGGGGAAGCUCGAGGACCACGAGAGGGUGAUCCUCAACGUCGGGGGCACGAGGCACGAGACCUACCGGAGCACCCUCAAGACGCUGCCGGGCACCCGCCUGGCUCUGCUGGCCUGCGAGUCCCCCGGCGGCGGGGAAGAGCACCAAGCGCCGCCCCUGCCGGCUCCCCCGCCGCCCCUGCCCGCCCCCAACCCGGGACCUAACCCGGGCGGAGGCAGCGGCGGCGGCGCGGGCGGCCCCCUGGACGGCGCGGGCGGCAGUGCCUGGAGUCCGCGCAGCAAUGGCGGUGGUGGCGGCGCCACGUGCUGCGAGUUCUUCUUCGACCGGCACCCGGGCGUCUUCGCCUACGUGCUCAACUACUACCGCACGGGCAAGCUGCACUGCCCCGCCGACGUGUGCGGGCCGCUCUUCGAGGAGGAGCUGGCUUUCUGGGGCAUCGACGAGACCGACGUGGAGCCCUGCUGCUGGAUGACGUACCGGCAGCACCGCGACGCCGAGGAGGCGCUCGACAUCUUCGAGGCGCCCGACCUCAUCACCGGAGAGCCGCCCGCCGAGCCUGACGACGACGAGCUGGCCGCCAAGCGACUGGGCAUCGACGACGUGAGCGCCGCCGCCGCAGCUGCCGCCGCCCUCGGAGCCCCGCUCGACGGCAAGGGCGGCCGCUGGAAGAGACUCCAGCCGCGCAUGUGGGCGCUCUUCGAGGACCCCUACUCUUCCCGCGCCGCCAGGUUCAUUGCGUUUGCCUCUUUAUUCUUCAUCCUACUUUCAAUCACAACCUUUUGCCUGGAAACCCACGAAGCAUUCAACACCAUCAAAAACAAAACAGAGCCAACAAUUAAUGGUUCCGAGGUGGUUCUGCAGUAUGAAAUAGAGACGGACCCUGCUCUGACGUAUGUUGAAGGAGUAUGUGUGGUGUGGUUUACAUUUGAAUUUUUAGUCCGCGUUGUUUUUUCACCCAACAAACUUGAAUUCAUCAAAAACCUCUUGAAUAUCAUUGACUUUGUGGCAAUUUUGCCCUUCUAUCUCGAGGUGGGCCUCAGUGGGCUGUCCUCCAAAGCUGCUAAGGAUGUGCUUGGUUUCCUCAGGGUGGUCAGGUUUGUGAGAAUCCUGCGAAUCUUCAAGCUCACCCGACAUUUCGUGGGCCUCAGGGUGCUGGGUCACACGCUCCGAGCGAGCACCAAUGAGUUUUUGCUGCUGAUAAUAUUUUUGGCAUUAGGAGUAUUGAUAUUUGCCACCAUGAUCUACUAUGCUGAGCGAAUAGGAGCCAGACCCAACGACCCUUCUGCUAGCGAACACACAGAGUUCAAAAACAUCCCCAUUGGUUUCUGGUGGGCUGUGGUCACCAUGACCACUCUUGGCUAUGGAGACAUGUAUCCAAAGACAUGGUCAGGGAUGCUAGUGGGUGCUCUGUGUGCUUUAGCUGGGGUGCUGACUAUAGCCAUGCCUGUGCCUGUUAUUGUCAACAACUUUGGAAUGUACUACUCUCUGGCCAUGGCGAAACAGAAGCUUCCGAGAAAGAGAAAGAAGCACAUUCCACCUGCUCCUCAGGCAAGCUCCCCUACAUUUUGCAAGACAGACUUGAAUACAGCCUGCAAUAGCACACAGGGGGAAGUCUGUCUGGGCAGAGACAACCGGCUGAUGGAACACAAUAAAUCAGUGUUAUCAGGUGAAGACAGUUCAGAAAGUGAGCAGCCACUGUCACCUGUGGAAAGGCUCCCACCCAUCAGACGCUCUAGUACCAGAGACAAAAACAGAAGAGGGGGAACAUGUUUCCUGCUGACAGCAGGUGAUUACGCGUGUGCUACUGAUGGAGGGAUCAGGAAAGUGUUAUACAGAAUUUAUCAUGGAUUUUUGACUGCUGAAAAAGGGACAAUGGAAUUUAGCCAUACCAAGGACUGUACUGGAAAGAGACUGCUCCUCCUGAAUGGGUCCUGAUAAUCACCUGCCGCCUUGAAGAGAUCCUUCCAAUUUCCUAUGGAAGUGGAGCUUGUUAUGGGGAUUAAGGACCAAUUGCAACUGCCGCCGCCGCCAGCAGACGCAAUUAUUAGUCACUAUUGAUGAAUCAGCUGUACAUAGGUUGUGUGUGCAUGGAAUAUCAGCUUUAGUCAUCUAUGCCAAG